AUGUCGUGGCUCUCGCAUGCCGUCCAUCGGUUCUCGCCCGCAUGGUUCGUCGUCAACAUGGGGACGGGAGGCAUCUCGAUGCUCUUCCAUAAUUACCCUUACGCGUAUGACUCGAAGCCAUUGGAGGUCUUCUCGACGAUCUUCUUCUUCCUGAAUUUAGUUCUCUUCGUACUCUUCAACGUCUUGUUCAUCGCGCGGCUUAUCAUCUGGCCCGAGCUCGUACCGCUAAUGGUGUACCAUCCCGUACACAACCUCUACCUCGGCUCAUAUCCCAUGGGUCUCGCGACGCUCAUUAUCGUCGCCAAUUCCGUUCUCAACACUGAGUGGGACUGGGGAGGGAAGCCGCUCUUCUGGUUCAUAUGGGCGGUUUGGUGGUACGACGUCGCAAUCGGAUUCAUCUGCGGAUUCGUCCUCAUACAUCUCAUGUUUACACGGCAACAUCACGAGCUGAACGCCGCCAACUCGCUUUGGGCGCUUCCCGCCGUCGCACUUAUCGUCGUUGCUUCCGCCGGUGGCGUUCUCGUUACGCCCUUGCUAGAAAUUGAUCCAUGGCGCGCCGGACUCACACUCGUUGUGUCCGCAUUUCUUCUUGUCGUCGGUCUCAUGAUCGGCUUCGUCUUCUUCUCGCUCUACUUCCUCAGGCUCAUCCUGCACGGCCUCCCGCAGGGCGUCAAUGUCCUCUCUGGCUGGAUCACGCUGGGUAUCGCGGGCCAAGGCGGAUACGCAGUGCUUGUGAUUGGUCAGGGGCUCGAGGAGUGGCUGCCGGUGCAUUAUGGCUAUUCGAGCUUCAUGCGCGGGUCUACGACAGGUUUAACGCUGGAGGCAAUAUCGGUGUACAUUGGGUUCAUACUGUGGUCGAUCACGACGAUGUGGUUCUUCUACAACCUUCUUGCCAUGCAGGAGGCGCUCCGGCAGGGAUGGUUCCCGUUCAGCCUUCCGUGGUGGGAACUCAUCUUCCCCAAUGUCGUUUACGCCAACCUGACGAUCGAGCUGUCGGUGGUAUUUGACAGCACGUUUUUCCGCGUGUGGGGCGCAAUGUAUGCCACGGCGACGUUGUUGCUCUGGAUCAUGGUCUUUACGCUGACGAUUCCCGCCGUGAUCUCCGGCGAGAUAUUCGACAUGCCAGAUAUCGAGCAGAUUGAUGCGGCGGAGAGGAAAGCUGAGACGCAGCACAGCCUGCAGGGAGCGGAACAAUGGGAGCAGGGUGAGCUGGAGCGAGAUGGGAGUCGCGACACCGUGUCUUGA